GCCAGCUGAAAAGCAGACAUUGUCGCAAUAUCUUGGCACUAAGUGUUCACAUGAGCAGCACGUACUGUAAAGAAGAGAAAAAUAGACAAAGAUUCCUCUUAAUGUAAGUAGGUUUCAAGUCAACCAGCAAAAAAUGCUUAAUAAACUCAGGUUUAGGCAAAACCUGAAAAAACCUGAAAGAGCCAUCAGUGAAGAAUGCCUUCAUCUCUCAACUCAGAAAUCGAUUUCAAUCCUUGGCGGUUCUGUCUGAUGAGCCCGAACCUGAUGAAGUCAACAAUAUAUGGAAGCAAGUGUCAUUCACUUUGACAGAGAGCAGCAAGGCAUGUCUAGGUUUUAAGAAGGCAGUAAAGAAGAAAAAGUGGAUAAAGCCAGCAACCUUAAGGUUGCUAGAACGCUAUAAGAUCCAGUACAGAGAGGCUGACCAAAGUGUUAAGAGAAUGGCAAGAGCCGACAAAUGCGCAUAUAUUGAUGAACUUGCUAGGCAGGCAGAGAAUGCAGCUAACAGAGGAGAGCAGGGAAAGGUUUACAAAAUCACAAAACUGGUAUGUGGCAAGUAUGGGGGCAGAAAGGUAGCCCCUGUUAAGAAUUUUCAGGGUAGACUGCUUACCACUGAAAGAGAGCAGGAGGCUUGUUGGGCAGAGCACUUUAAGGAUGUCCUCAACAGACCCCCACCCACAGUUGAAGCUGACAUUCAAGAGGCUGAGACUAGACUACGAGGAAUCCCUCUUUCGCUUAGUCCAAAGCCUGUUGGCAGAUUCGCAAGGAUAUCAUGGUUUGCAAAGCGUGAUUCCAACGCUUUGAUUUGCUCUGGUACCGCUUCGAUUUGCUCCAGUUCCAAAACAUUCCUGCAAGACGUCACACGUAUCUCGAAUGUUGACAACAUGUUGUCAACGCUCCUAACAUAAGCC